AUGGCGAGCCGUUUGUUGUUAAUUUACUUUGCUUUGUUAGCGUUUGCGUGCACUGGUUCAGUGUGUGGCCACGGCAUGAUGCUAGAUCCACCGGGACGUUCAUCGCGUUGGCGCUACAAUUCCUCUGCGCCCAAAAACUAUGAUGAUAAUGGAUUGAAUUGUGGUGGCAUGACGGUACAAUGGAAUACAAAUAAUGGUAAGUGCGGACUGUGUGGCGAUAAUUACGCUUUGCCGACGCCGCGUGCCAACGAGAUCGGUGGAUAUUAUGGCGGAGUUGGUGUGAUUACAAAAGUUCUUCAAGGCUCCUAUACAGCUAGAGUGGGUGUGCGCAUCACCACCAAUCAUUUGGGAUACUUCCGUUUCGAUAUUUGCGAUCUGACUGAGUUUGGUGCUGAGUCGGAAUACUGCUUCAGCAAGUAUCCGUUACGCUUUGUUGAUGGUUCCAGUCGACUGUAUAUAGGAAGCACAGCAGGCUGGAUUGAUGCAGACGUUAUUUUGCCUGAAAAUUUGUAUUGUGAACAUUGUGUGCUGCGUUGGACCUACACGGGCGGCAAUAAUUGGGGUCCUUGUGGUAAUGGCACAAGCGCGUUGGGCUGUGGGCCACAAGAAACAUUCGUCAAUUGUGCAGAUGUUAGUAUUGUUUAUCCAGUGACUGGUCGUUUGUACUUGCCAUGGUCGAUUGAACGUAAAAUUGAAGAGCCAGUGAACGCUGAGGUUCCAGAGUUUUACAAGAUAAUUUGGUUUUAUAAAAAAAGAUUUGGUAGCUUUUAA